AUGGCCGCAGCGUACAGCAGCGGGAAUGGCGCCGCUUCACCGCGCUCCUUCGCGAUCCAACAUCAACGACCGCGAGACAGCUACAUGGGAUGCUCUAGGAUAUCAGACUACGAGCUGUUGGGCAAGCUCGGCGAGGGUACCUUUGGCGAGGUUCACAAAGCGAAGUCCAAGAAAGUUGGAAAUCUUGUCGCGCUCAAGAAGAUCAUUAUGUACAAUGAGAAAGACGGAUUUCCCAUCACGGCGCUUCGCGAGAUCAAGCUACUCAAGAUGCUGGAUCACCGGAACGUACUACGCUUAGAGGACAUGGCGGUGGAACAUCAUUCCAAGAGCACUGACAAGAGAAAGCGGCCCAUUAUGUACAUGGUGACCCCAUACAUGGACCACGAUUUGUCUGGAUUACUUGACAAUCCCUCUAUUCAGCUCACUGUGCCCAUCAUCAAGUGCUAUCUCUAUCAAUUGCUCGAAGGCCUACGGUACCUGCACGAUACCAAGAUCUUGCAUCGGGAUAUGAAGGCUGCCAACUUGCUCAUCAACAACAAGGGCAUUCUGCAGAUUGGUGAUUUCGGUCUGGCGAGGACCUACGAUGGACCUAUACCCAGAGCUGGUGGAGGGGGUGGCGAAGGUAAGCGAGACUACACAGCUCUGGUCGUCACAAGGUGGUAUCGGCCCCCAGAGCUGCUGCUACAAUUGCGCAAGUAUACUAGUGCAAUAGACAUGUGGGGUGUCGGCUGUGUCUUUGGGGAGAUGCUGAUUGGAAAGCCAAUCCUGUCUGGCGAUAGUGAUACGCACCAACUUGAGCUCAUCUUCGACCUAGUCGGAUCACCAACUGAACAGACAAUGCCAGGGUGGAAAAAGCUCCCUGGCGGCGAAUCACUCACUCCUCGAUCAAGACCUGGAAAUCUUCAGCAACGCUUCCGAGAACACGGUCCAGUGGCUAUAUUGUUGUUGAAGGAGCUUCUGAAGCUAGAUUGGCGGGCUCGCAUCAACGCAAUCGACGCACUCGAGCAUCCUUAUUUCAAUACAGCCCCGUACCCAGCAAAGCCUGGAGAUAUCCCGACAUUCGAAGCCAGCCACGAGCUUGACCGCAGGAAGUUUCAUGAUCGCAAGGCUGCGCUGCCACCUGCACCAAAGGGCGUCCCUGUUGGUGUUGGCGCUUUCGAGCAAGGGUUUAACAGUGGCGAAGGAUACGGACCGCGAAAUGGUGGAAGGCACCUAAAUCAGCAUGGCGGCCACCGCAAUGGUGAUGACAACCGAAGACCUGCAUGGGUCGCCAGAGAUCGACCUCACGAUCACAGGCUACCGCCCCGACCACCCCCGCCUGAGAACGGGUUCGACAACGCCAUUGAUUAUCACGAGUACAGAGAUCGCCCACCCCGAAACCGUGGAGGAGAUCGUGGCGACCGCGGAGAUCGUGUUAGCGUGGGUGCCAGACCGGAUAUUGAUACCUAUAUUCCGAGUUAUCGAGGCGGAAGGGAUGAGAGACCACCGAGAGACGACCGACUUCCACGUAGACGUGACGACCGGGAUGAUCGGCGCCAUGACUACGACCGUGUUGAUCGUGUGAGAGACUACGACGACCGUAGUCGUGCGAGCGGGACGCGAAGUCGAAGCAGGUCGCCAAUUCGAGACCAUGAACGAGAUCGAGACAAUUAUCGCAGAUAG